GAAUCUGAACCCGGUGUAGGCACCUUUACAAGCAAAAAGAUGUGCACUGGACAGAGAAUUUAGAACGAACGACACCGGAGAGAAGAGGAGGAAACGGAAAAUGGCGCAAAUUCCUAGCCUCGACAAUGCUCCCAUAAACCUCGCUUCCAUAAGAGAUCAAUCGCAGAAGGAGCUGGUGAUGAUCUUGAAGAACAUUCGAGGGCAGAAGUGUUUAGUUAUCGAUCCCAAGCUUAGUGGCUCACUCUCACUUCUUGUGCAGAGUUCAAUUCUCAAGGAACUUGGGGCUGAAUUGCGGCAUCUUACAAGCGAACCAGUUCAAACAGAUUGUACUAAAGUUGUUUUUCUCGUUCGAGCUCAGCUCGACUUAAUGAAGAGCAUUUGCUCGCAAAUUCACCAUGAUACUUCUAAGGGUAUUCAAAGAGAGUAUUUUUUGUAUUUUGUUCCUCGUCGUGCAGUUGUAUGUGAAAAGAUACUUGAGGAAGAGAAAGUUCACCACUUGUUGACUAUAGGCGAGUAUCCCUUGUAUCUACUUCCACUGGAUGACGAUGUUUUGUCUUUUGAACUUGACACUGCUUACAGAGAGUUCACAGUUGAUGGAGACACUACUUCUCUUUGGCACAUAGCAAAAGCUAUUCAUAAGCUUGAGUGUUCCUUUGGUGUCAUACCAAAUGUGAGGGCCAAAGGGAAAGCAUCUGUUCGUGUUGCUGACAUUUUAAAUCGGAUGCAAGCUGAAGAACCUGUGAACACAGCUGAUGUUGUUGUGCCAGAUAUUAACACUCUCAUCCUUAUUGACAGAGAGGUAGACAUGGUUACUCCUAUGUGUUCCCAGUUAACAUAUGAAGGGCUACUAGAUGAGUUUCUUGGUAUCAAUAAUGGUGCUGUGGAGUUAGAUGCUUCUAUAAUGGGUGCCCAGCAGCAGGAGGGGAAGAAGAUGAAGGUUCCUCUAAAUUCUAGUGACAAGCUAUUCAAAGAGAUACGGAAUCAGAACUUUGAAGUUGUUGUCCAGGUUCUACGUCAAAGAGCAACAUCCAUGAAGCAAGAUUACACUGAGAUGCAGUCUACUAACCAAUCAGUUUCUGAAUUGAAAGAUUUUGUUAAAAAACUCAACUCGUUGCCUGAAAUGACAAGGCAUAUUAAUCUUGCUCAGCAUUUGACUAAAUUUACAUCUAAACCUUCAUUUCUUGGGCGGCUUGAUAUGGAACACACUAUUGUGGAGUCUGAAAGUUAUGAUAUAUGCAUGGAGUACAUUGAAGAGAUGAUCCAUAAGCAGGAACCUCUUCUCAAUGUUCUACGCCUUCUCAUCUUAUUUUCAAUCACAAAUUCUGGAUUACCAAAAAGGAAUUUUGACUAUUUAAGGCGGGAGUUACUUCACAGCUAUGGUUUUGAGCACAUGGCAACCUUGAAUAAUUUGGAAAAAGCGGGAUUGUUCAGGAAACAGGAGUCAAAAAGCAACUGGAUAACAAUUAAACGUGCUCUCCAGCUUGUUGUUGAGGAUACUGACACUGCCAACCCCGAUGAUAUAUCCUAUGUGUUUUCUGGAUAUGCACCCCUCAGCAUUCGCCUUGUUCAGCAUGCGAUCCGGUCUGGAUGGCGUCCCAUUGAAGAAAUAUUAAGAAUGCUGCCAGGGCCACAUUCAGAUAGCAAGAGGAGUGGAUUUGCAAGCAGUCCAUCCUAUGACAAUCUACUGGGGUCUGUACAUAAUUCAGACAAAGUUGGUGAUGGAAGGCGCUCGGUGGUGCUUGUCGUCUUCAUCGGUGGGGUGACCUUUGCAGAGAUUAACGCUCUUCGGUUCCUCAGUUCCCAGGAGGGGAUGGCAUAUGAUUUGAUUGUAUUGACUACAAAUAUAGUUAACGGGCACACAUUGACAGACACAUUUGUGGAGAAAUUGGGAUGACUUCUAAAGAUCUACUUCCUGAUAUUCGCUAAGAAAACCGUGGAAGAGACUGGAAGCGAGGCUUUUUGUUGUCGAUUGCUUCGUUCUCAUAGGCACGUUUGGUGAUAUUGUUUAUGCGUGAGCUUUCAUACAAUGAUCAUUGUGUUGUGUGUGGGUUGGCAAAUAAAAUAAAAGCGAGUUUUUAUGAGUUUUGGAUGUAUAAUAGUUCAUUUUGGUUGUGUUAUGUAACAGAGAACACAGAUAAUGGCAAAAUUGCUCUUAUUUAUUACUCUGUAUUACAAGUUUAAGCGGAUGUGUUA